ACCUGCUACUUGAGCAAACAACGGCAUAGCUCGUCCUCGCCGUUGCCAACUUGGGAGAAUCCUGAUCGUGACUGACUGCAAGAUGAAGCUGCUCGUCGGAGGCCAGAGGAGGCAGAGGGGAUUCGGCAAGGCCCUCAAGGAGCAGAGGGCCAGGCUCUACAUCAUCCAGCGCUGCGUCGUCAUGCUCCUGCGAUGGCACGACUGAUCCAAUCCACAUACUGCCAUGGGGGAGCUUCGUCCGAGAUACAAACCAGUGGAUUCACAGGGCGAGCUCCAUCGUCCUUGCCUGGUGCUUGCUUCAUCGGGCGCCGGAGUUUUGAGAGGUGUCGCGCUGCUGCCACAAUGGUUGCCGCUUGCCGGCUGCUGUACAUAGAGAUAGAGGGCCAUGGCCAAUAUAGUGUAGUACAAAUAGAGGUAGGUGUUCGUCAGUGUCUACUGUGUCAUUGUGUAUGGAAUGCCAAAUCAGUGAACAAGACAGUUGUUGGGGUCUU